ACUUUGCUUAUUAGGUAAAAUGUUUUGAACUGAGAACAUAAUAAAUUUGAGAAUCCCAUUCAAAAACCUGAUUAAGGUUUAGCAUUUGACUAAUCAUAUAUACACAUAUAUACAAAAUGGAUCAAAGUAAGGAGCCAGAAAGAAAAGAUCAGUCUUCCGAGGAAGAAGAUGGCAAGGAGCUCGAUUACGCUCAAUUGACGCUCUACGAUGUGAUGCGCAUAGAGAACUGCAAGGCGAACCGAUUUUUGAAGAAAGAAACGUAUCCCAAUAUAAGACCGCCAAUAUCACGAUGCUCGAAUGAGCAAUCGGGAAACUUCUUAUCGGAGGCUAUUGUCGAUAUGGGCUGCAGGGUACCCUUUGGCAAGGAUAAGAGAUUUGACACCAUUGAGAUAUGGAGGCAAGCUCCGAACAAAGACUCGCUCAGUUUUUAUGGCAUGGGAUCGAAAGUCAAUCUGCCAGAGGCAGUCGAGUAUAGACGAGCUCUCACCAACUCUCUCAAUUUGGUCAACGGCAUCGAUCCAAAGGCCAAGAAGUCAAAAAAAACAAAGAAACCGGAAAAGGUGCCCAAGCCUAAGGGUGCCUAUGUACUCAACCGUAAUAUCUUGCACUGUGCCAUCAAUAAGAUGCCGACGGUGCUCAAGAAGACGCACGCUAAGAAUUCUCAUAGAAUACUUUAUUGUCCAGAGGAUGAGUACGAAGAUGAAUUUGGCGACUACGAACCUUAUAUUCCCCUGCAGGUGGCCCUCGACAUGGAGAAGCCACCCAAAAAGCCAAAGCACGGCCUCCGACGCAAUCACCAGUACUGCGAUGUGCAAUGUGGUCUGCCGGAUAACAUGUGCACGUACUACCAAUGGAUGAAGUACAAGGAAGAUACGUUACCGUACGAUGUGGAAUUCGACCUGGAGACGGAGCUAGAGGAGGCGAUGGCCGAAGAGCAAGAUGAUGAGCCAAGAACUUUUGAAGAGCUCUAUUCAAAUCUGGUGGGCUGUUUUGAGAAGAAUAAAGAUGAAAUUCCGCCGUGCACUAUCUACGGCAAAUGCUGCAGGAGACCUUCGGAGCGCGUAGUAAUUCAAGGUUGCGGUGAAGAUAAGAUCUUUGGCCCUCACGAAUGCGAAUGUAACUGUGCUGACAGCUAAUAUAUAAUGAUAUAUCAAUAUACUCACUUUUGGCUUUUUGGCAUACUGUCCUGUGCGCACAUCACGAAUUGUGGCAAUGUCCAGAAUGUCGAGCUCAUUGUUUUGAUCAACCCAAUAGAGAAAGAAGCCCUUGGCAUCCACUCGCAUUGUCACCGGUGUCCCGCUGCCUGAAUCCUGAAAUUAGAAUGCAACAAAUAGAAGGAAGUACAAGGAAAUGAAUACAAGUAUAUAUGUGUAUGAUAUAUGUCUUUUUGCUAAAUCUGUGCAAGGUUUUCCGUUUUCAUUAACAGCUUAGCAAUAAUAAAAAAAAAAAAAUGGAUUCAGGGUAUAAAAAA